UCAGCGCCCAACCCCUUCCCGCUGCCAGCGACUCGUCCAAGCAGCCCCCGACUCCACCACACCACACAACCGUCUUUGCCUUCCUUCCAGUCCGUCUAGCGGACAAUCCACUGCGCUCAAUUGCACCGCGCUGCGUAGCAGGCAAACACAUUGGUACACGCUUACUAACACGCGCAAGCCUUGCACGCGCGUAGGAGGCACAUGCUAAAAUAUACAUUCAGUAAGUGUACACGAUUAUAGACUGCGUGUGCAGCUGCGCACGUAACACGCCUUCAGACCAGAUCCGUACCUUUACCACAUUAGGGCAUUAACAUUUUUCACCGGACAGUGAAUGCAUCAACACAUAUAUUAAAAAAAACCAGGGCAUACAUAAUGCAUACCACGCCUGCAUAAUACUCCUUACACCGUACAUACACGCGCAAAGACAAAGACACGUGCGCACGCACGCACGCACGCGCGUGCAGUGACAUCGACUCGCACCGAGAGCUCACACACACACAGCCGCUGACAUCAUCUCGCAGGCGCGCACACACACACACAAAUCCGGCAUCAUUUAUGAAAAAAAACCCAUCCAUACAUAACAUACACACGUACACACAGAGGGGACACACACACACACUCGCUCGCUCGCACACGGAAGAAGGAGAAGCAGAGAGGGAGAGAGCAGCAACGUGACGAAUCCAGACUCGCGUGAUCCUGCGUGAUUUUUUUGAAGUGAAUGCUGCUCCUGCUGCUGCUGUAGCUGCUUGUGGCGUGGUGCUGUUGUGUUGCUGCCGCUACAGCUGCUGCUGCUGCUGUAGCUGCUUGUGGUGUGUGCUGUUGUGUUGCUACAGCUGCUGCUGCUGCUGUAGCUGCUUGUGGCGUGGUGCUGUUGUGUUGCUACAGCUGCUGCUGUAGCUGUAGCUGAUUGUGGUGUGUGCUGUUGUGUUGCUGCCGCUACAGCUGUUGUAGCUGUAGCUGAUUGUGGUGUGUGCUGUUGUGUUGCUGCCGCUACAGCUGCUGCUGCUUGUGGCGUGGUGCUGUUGUGUUGCUGCCGCUACAGCUGCUGCUGUAGCUGCUUGUGGUGUGUGCUAUUGUGUUGCUAGAGCUGCUGCUGCUGAUUGUGGUGUGUGCUGUUGUGUUGCUGCUACUGCUGUAGCUGGAGCUGCUUGUGGUGUGUGCUGUUGUGUUGCAGCUGCUGCUGUAGCUGCUUGUGGCGUGGUGCUGUUGUGUUGCUGCCGCUACAGCUGCUGCUGUAGCUGCUUGUGGUGUGUGCUGUUGUGUUGCUGCCGCUACAGCUGCUGCUGCUUGUGGCGUGGUGCUGUUGUGUUGCUGCCGCUACAGCUGCUGCUGAAGCUGCUUGUGGUGUGUGCUAUUGUGUUGCUGCCGCUACAGCUGCUGCUGUAGCUGCUUGUGGCGUGGUGCUGUUGUGUUGCUGCCGCUACAGCUGCUGCUGUAGCUGCUUGUGGUGUGUGCUGUUGAGUUGCUGCAGCUACAGCUGCUGCUGUAGCUGCUGCUGUGUGUUGACAUAGCCGCUGUCAAUAGCUGCGGUGGUGUGUUGCUGCUGCUGUUUGCUGAUAUAGCCGCUGCUGUGGUGUGUGUGUAAGCUCCUGUCAGAGCUGCUGGCUGCUGCUGUUCUUGCUACAGCUGCUGCUGCUGCUGUUGGAGCUGUUGUAGAAUCGUAAAGGCUGGGUGGGCAAAUCGUGGACUCCUGCUGAACAAGAAGACGCACCACAACCCCAUCAUCAUGGGGAAUUACGGUACAGCCGGCUUUUGGAUCAGAGGAGGCUACAGCGAGAGUGGACACGGUCACGCCAAUUAUACCACUUACGACUCCGGCCACCGCUCCAUGGCGUUGUCCCCCGACGCGCUGUGCUGCGACACGGCCGUGCGUCCCGUGCGCAAGCGCGGCUCCCAGCAGCACCCGGCGUCGGCGGUCACGACCACCUCCUCGUCCGCCUCUUCUGCCGCGGCGGCCGCGGCGGCGGCCGCGUCGGCCGCCGCCUCCUCCUCGGCCGGCACCGCGGCGCCGUACGGUCAGCUGCUUUUCCACCCGCGCGCGAAGGGCCGCAACGUGACGCUGGACGGCGGGCGGACGCGCGCCACCCGGCGCCACAGCUUCUGCCACGGCGUCGCCUUCGGCCACCGGCCGCUGCGGCCGUGCGAGCGCGUGCGCCUGCGCUUCACGGCGACGGCGCCCGGCUGGAGCGGCGCGCUGCGCUUCGGCUUCACGAGCCGGGACCCCGGCACGCUCGACUCGGCGCGCAUCCCUCGCUACGCGUGCCCCGACCUGGCGGCGCGCCCGGGCUACUGGGCCAAGGCGCUGCCCGAGAGCUGCGCGGGACGCGGCUCCGCGCUCGAGUUCUGGGCCGAGGCGGACGGGCGCGCCUUCUACCGCGUCGACGCGGGCGAGGCCGUGCCGUUCCUGCGCGGGGUCGACGCCGCCGGCCCGCUGUGGGCGCUCAUCGACGUGUACGGAGUCACGCAGCAGGUGACGCUGCUCGAAACGGGUUUGGUGAAGCCCCCACGCCGGCUGGCAUCCUUCCAGCUGUGCCCACGUCUGCCAUACGGCGCGCGUCACCCCCCAACCUCGUCCUCUGACAUCAACCAAAGCCAACGUGGUCGCGGAGGCGGCGCCGGCGCCGGUGGGGAUGGCCGGGAGGGUGAGGACGACGAGGAGGAGGAGGGGGAGGAGGGGGAGGAGGCGGAAGGUGAUGCGGCGGAGGCGCGCCCCGGCGAGGCGCUGGAACGCGCCGUGGCCGCGCUGCGCGACGUUCGCAUCGGCGGCGAGCCGGCGUCGUCGCGCGCGGCCCGAGCGCCGUCGCUCGGUGCCGUCGAGGGCUCGCGGCGGCAGCAGCAGCAGCAGCAGCAGGGCCCGGACGCCUCCUCCAUCGCGCUGCCCGAUGACCUCAACCCGGACCUGUGGUUCCACGCGAUGCACGGCAGCGGCGUGCUGCUGUCCGACGACCGCAGCCUCGCCCGCUCCGCCCCGGACGUGGCCGGCAGCGAGGCGGGAGACAACGAGAGCAACGGCAGCGGCAGGUUCAGCGCCGGCCAGAGCCUGGUGUUCACCAACCGGCCCGUGUUCAUCGGAGAGACCAUCUACGUGCGCGUCGGUGGGCAGCAGCAGCCCGGAGACCCCAUCACCUUCGGCCUCACGUCCUGCGACCCGGCCACGCUGCGGCCGGACGAGCUGCCGACCGACCCUCACUCAUUGGUCGACCGGAGGGAGUACUGGGUGGUGGUGACCGUGUGCCCUCUGCCCGGGUCGGCGCAGCAAAUAAGCGAGCAAGAUGAGGGCGGCUGCAUGCUGGGAGAGGCAGUGCUGGGCCUGGUGCUCAUGCCAGACGGGGAGGUGCACCUGAGUCUCAACGGCACGAGGGAGGGCAUGCUCGUGUGCGCCGACCCAGGACCUCCGCUCUGGCUGCUCUUCGGAUUCCGCAAUGCCACUGCCACCGCGGAGAUCGGCAUUCUGGGCACCCAAAAAGCCAGCUUUUUGGGGUCGUCAUCUCCCUCAAUGGGCAGCAAUCUCCCAAGCAGCGACUCGGACAUUACCAUCAGCAACAGCAUCUCCUUCUCCUCCUCGUCAUCUUCCCUCGUGACAGCGCCCGGCUCUCCGCUCGGCGAUGGCCCGGCCGCCGUCUUCCCAGCAUGCCCGGCGCCCACCACCACCAUGGCGGCGGUCGCCGUGGUGGCGGGCGCCCCGCCGCGGGGUCACGGCGAGCGCGCCUCGUCCCCGCGCGGGCGCGGCGAGUGCACAAUCUGCUUCGAGAACCCGGCCGACUCGGUGAUCUACACGUGCGGACACCUGUGCCUGUGCUACGCCUGCGGCCAGAGGCUGCGCCGGCAGAUCAACCCAGCGUGCCCCAUCUGCAGGCGCCUCAUCAAGGACGUCAUCCGGACUUACCCCAUUUAAAGGAUGGUGGGGUGGGGGGGGGGUGUCGCUCGUGUCCCCUGCCCUUCCCCCGUGCGCCAUCGUUCCUGUCUCUCCCCCCCCCCAUCCCGACUCUCCCGUUCGCCACGAUUGCCGCAUCCCCCCUCCCACCUCGAGCUCCGCGCUCCCCACCACCCCGCGCGUCUCUGCCAACCUCCGUCCGUGUUGCCCGUCGUCAGUGCGCCACUGCCACCCCAAAGCGCCUCUAAUCCGGCUUCGCUCCGGGCACCCGUCUGCAUGUGCGAAUGGUGUUGAGUGUUAUACCUUGACUUGUGAGCCACACACAUUCACUUGCUCAUUCAUGGACACACGUGGGUAUGGUUAAGUGUGCAAGUUAGAGGAUUCGUUUAGUUGCCGCUUUGAUGGUAAAAGAGGAUUUAAUUUUUUUUACGUCGGACUGUCGAAUGAAUUGUUUCAUAAUAGAUAGAUCUAUAUUAUAUAUAUAUAUAACAUGCUCAGACAUGCUUUUCAAGAUGACCUACAAAGCUAAUGUUAUACGUAGCUAUAUCUGCAGCUUCACCUCAACUCAUCCGAUCGUGGCAGCUCCAUCAGUGAUUUCAAAAGCUGGCUGCCAAAAAAAUAACUGUAAUAGAAUUAAAUUAUUCACGUAUCUCUGCCAUCUGCAUGUGUAUGAGGAGGCAUUCUGUACAUUUACACAGCCAGAUGAUUGUUUUCACAGUGCCCGUUCUUUUCCGGUUAUCAUCGAUCAUUUUUUAUUUCAUUUAAUUCGAGAUUUGUAACACCGUAUUUGUAUCCCUCGACCUUGACGUUCUGUGCCUCGCAAACGAGGCGUAAGGGGUUAAAAACAAGCUAACUUCAAGUCCGUCGUCAUGAAACGGUUCUCAUUAUUUAUAGCGGACGUGUUGCAGUAAUUCCACAUAGGUGUUAACGCAGAAUAUGUGUGUGGUGCUUGUUUGGAACUGGUAGUCAUGAGAUUUUGACCUUGACGCGUGAGUUUUCGCGGCCGCUUGUCCAGGCGUAGGUCUUAGGGGCUAGGCCAAGCGCCUGGCGUUUCUUCCCCCUCCGUAUGUCGCCACGCACUACCGCGUUCAUCUCAUCCAACUCCUGAAGUUGCCCGCGUGGCGAAAGCUUGAGAGGGAGAGAGAGAAAAGAAGAAAUGUUCGAAACGCAGUCCCCAACCCGGAAAACCGCCCUGUGAGAUUUCAACCUCUGUUCGGUCGAAGUAGCUAUGAAUGGGGCGGUGUGAAUGUGUCUUUCACAGCGUACAACACCGCUGUAGCAGAGUGCGGAUUCGACGAUCGCAUGUGGCGGUCCCGUCACGUUUAUUUAUGUUUCGUUGACACAGCCUGCUACACUCACUUGACACUUCUCCGCCUAAUUAUUUCUUAUCUGCACAAAAGCAAUGCUUGGCUGAAGACGAUGAAGGUUUGACCGGUCGCUGGUCCGCUAUUUUAUGGCUUCUGAAGAGUGCAAUGAAAUUAAGAGAAUUUACUCGCUUAGAGCUCAACAUGAAUUUUAACUAUAACCUGCGAGCAGAACAUUUGGAGGCACAUUCCUUUAAAUACAAUUGGAUCACGUGGGUUUGUAUAAAUAAACCAAAAAACAUGACUACUUUGAUGAGCGAUUGAAUGCAAUUUUAAUCAUAAAAAAAACUAUCUGAAGAAAAUCGUUGUCCACGAUUGACUUUUCCCCCUUUCCAUUACAAUCCAUCAUGUUUAGAUGUUUCUGCUGUACUUUGAUAAAAGGGCAGCAUUGUAGAGUGGAUGUUCCUGGCCUAUGUGUUCAGAGCCAGCAAUGUAUCCCCUCAUUUAGUUGUCGUUUCUCCACGCACUCUUGCGAUAUUGCUACACUAAAACACACGCACACGCUAAAUAAACUAAAAUUGUUCCCACACUAAAAUGCACAAUAAAUGUAUUGGCCGAAUGUUCAUACGUAGGACCGUCCCGAAAAAGAAUAUUAUUCGCACUCUGUAAAGCAUGUAUAGUGAUAUCAAAAGUCUCCCUGCCCAGUUCGGGCUAUGGGAGCUCAUCUCUGGCGGAAAUGGCGCUUUCCUUUGGUGGAGGCCCAGUCUGUCUCUAGAUCCUGGGGAAAAAGAGUACAUUAUUUAUUAUUGAUAUUAUUACGCGAUGUGACAAUUUGGCGCAACUCGUUCGAAUACGAAGCACUCAAUAUCACGUGGACACGUCGGAUAAGGGAAACCGGCUUGCAUAUUGCUUGAGGCUCGACGCGUGUCUGGUUACAGAGCGAGCGGCUAUUAUGUAGAUGGAGAUGUAAUGAUAUAACACCGUUUAAUUUUUUUUAAUGUUCAUAUAUGAGAUGUGUUCGUUGGUUUCUUUCGUUUUGCAAUAAAAGAGAAAAAUGUGUGUUUUAUGUAAUAAGGAUGACAAGCUUUCAUUGCCUUGUGGUUUUAUAUUUAGAUAUGCCUUCAGGCUUAUGCUAGCGACGUACAAUAUUGUCAUCGUAUGCGAUACAAACGGAUUCUGCCGUUGUGUAAUGGUUAGCACACCAGAUGUGCAAUUCAGAGAUUGUGGGUUCGAUCUCCAGGCGCGGCCAGUUGAAACAAGUUUGUGAAAAUAAUUCUCCCACUAAAUUUCGAUUUAAAGCUUUCGUGACUGCAGGGAUUCAUCUUCUUGGUUCUUUCGGUAAAGUCACGUAGAAGGGAAAUAAUAAAAUAAUAAAAAUAAAACAUAAUGAAAUUAUUCUCACGACGUUUCGGCCACCAACGCAAGCAGCCGUCCUCAGGUGAAGAACAGGUCUGUCGGAAAGACAGUGUCUGAGAAUUAUUUUAUUAUGUUUUAUUUUUAUUAUGUUAUUAUUUCCCUUCUACGUGACUUUACCGAAAGAACCAAGAAGAUGAAUUCUUCCACUCUUCAAGCCGGUAGUACGACCCGGGGGGUGAGCCCCGGUGAAGUAGAUUGGCACGUGGUUGAGGUAUGCCUGGUCAAAAUGCCAUCGACAGAGUGGCUCCCCAGAGGUCACCUUCGUGGGGGCCUCUCCACCAGCAGUGGCGCGAGCAGGCAGUUGCAGGGCUGCACCUUUACUUGAUGAAAAAUGGCAACCAAAAUUACAUGCGUUUUAUACAGCAUUUAAUUAAAAAAACAAGGCAAUUGUUUUUAACGUUUAUUUUCAGCGAUUGAAAGUAUUUUAUAUGUUAUUCUAUACCUUGCUUCAUUAUUCGUUGAAACAUUAGUUAGCAUCAUGCUUAAUCCUCAAUGUUGGUUAAUUUAAUAGCAGUAACUGUUUGGAAUACUAUAGACUUGUGGAAUAUGAUGUUAAUAUUAAUUGAAAGCAUAUUUAUAUUUGAUUUAAUAACUACAUUUUUUUCAAACGUUUACAAAAUAUUGCAUAUAUUGCACGAGGAUUUUUUUAACGAUUUUAACCUUUCACUGAAAAAUAAUUUUUUGGCACAAAUUUAGCAUGACAUUUAAAAAAAAGUAUGUUAAGUGUACUAUAGUUAACUUGCACACAAAACGAAUUGCUUAUGAAUAUAUUCGGGAGGACAUCACUGUAAAUUACCUUUUUUAUUCUCUCUCUAUUACAUUUUUUAUGCAUACAGUAUCUUUUAAAAUGAUGUUGACAAAUAAUUUAACUAUUUCCCCCAAGUGUUGGUGAACCAUGCCACAGGUACGACUAUGAUUGGUAACUUUAUACAAAUGUAUGUUUAAUGUAGCUAGCCGUAGCCCACUCGUCACCACAUUGGCAUUGGGGGUUUGUUUGACCUUAUUUCAUCACGCUGGUCACUGCAAAUUGGUGAAGGUGGCCCCGGGAUAGGUUCAAAUUAUUACUCGCCACUGACAUGAGCCGUGUCCGGAUAUCCAACUCGGGUAGGCGACUUUUUACUGCGCAGUGCGCUAACCACCGCGCCACCGCUCCACGUUACUGGGGAUAAUCACAGAUGAGAUGUUUACCGGCACCUGAAACUGAAAUGUGUCCAUCCUCCAAUACGCGGCUGUAAUGACAGAGGAGAAAAGCCCAAGCCGUCUCUUGAGAAAUGACCGCUCCUGCCAAUGUCUCGCGAGGCCUGCCUCUCACAAAGCACACGCCGGCGAUGGAGCCUCCCUGAGCAACUUAACAGCUUAACACGGCUGCACGUCCCAGCGCAUUUCAAUUACAGGAGCAAUCUCGUACGUCUCACUCCCAGCGUCGGGGGCUCCGUGGAGAAAAUUGAAUAUCCACCGGUCAUGAGAUGGGUGGUUCGCAAAGCAUGCGGGACGGUGGGGCAAGUGCGAGGCACCGCUGCUUAUGAGGGCGUUCGGAGGUCGACAGGUCAAGCGUGAGGUCGGCGUGGGUGUAAACACGAUUAUUUUUAGGGUUAGGAGGCAGUGUCAGAGAGGGCCGGCCCUUGGUGUUGCGGUCAAUGUCACGCUCAUAAUAAUAAUGUCACUCGUGGAGGAAAGCCUCGUGUGGUCAACGGUAUCUUUCGGGAGGAUCCUGCAUACAUUGCGAUGUUUGGCCAGUUGAGUUUUUAGAGAGUGGAGUGUGUGUGGAAAAACAUCGGAGAACCCAGAGAGAACCCAGAGAGAACCCAGAGAGAACCCAGAGAAACACAGAGAAAACACAGAGAAAACCCAGAGAAAACCCAGAGAGAACCCAGAGAAAACCCAGAGAAAACCCAGAGAAAAC